GCCGCCGAUCUUCUCGUACCACACAGCCCACACGCAUGUACCUACGUCAAGCUCUGACACCGCAUCCUCAGGCUUCAGGCCCUGUAACAACCAACCAUUACCACCACGCCGGUUGUGGCUGUGACAUUGGCGUGCCGGCCAGCUGGGCUCCGGAGGAUGUGUUUCAGCUCCACGCUGGUAGUUACGCAAUAUGUAGUCGGCGCGUGCGCUCGUACGGGGAGUGGAGAUCUCUGGGGCGCAGCCGACUGGGGUCGUGAUCCUGCGCUGGGAAAGUGCGUGGUUGGGACGUGGGUUGUGGGCUGGGGGUCAAAAUGUUGCUGCCUGGAGGUUGGUUGUUUAUGUAGUAAGAAAGAAGAGCUGUGAGGCAGAGUAGGCUUAUGCGUUACGUCCCUUCGUUCAGUCGAGAUACAAGAGACUGAACUCUAUCUAUCCCAUCUCCUCUCAAUCCACCUCCCUCCCUCCGAACCCACGAACCCACAACCACCGCCACCAUGCCAGCCCUCCACGCCAGCACCGACACCAUCGGCGCCGCCGGCACCCUCAACCCUUCCUCCCCCGCCAGCAGCGCAAAGCAGACGCAGCGCCUGCUGCGUCGCCUGCCCCUCUUCGCCUUCCCUCCGGCCUUCGCCCUCCUCCUCGCCCACGGCAUCGUCAGCAGGCGCGUUUUCCCCGCCCUCGGCCUCGCACCUCUUGGCUACUCCGCCUUGCUGAGCGCUGUGCUGCUGUGGUGCGGGUUGACGUAUUCGCCUGCGUUGGGCUCGCCCACCAGCUCCGUUGGCGCGGCCCUCGUCGUGUUCAUCCUGGACGCCGUGCUCGCGGGCAUGAACCUGGCGUUCUUGAUCGUGAGCUGGGUUGACAUGCCCAAUGACUGGAGGUGGGGGCGGAAGGACCUGAUUGUGUUGGGAACAUAUGGAACUGUGUUUAUGAUACUGGAUUGUGCCAUCCAUGUGUACUUUGUGGUCCGCUACGGUCUGCAGGUCAUCUACGCGCAGAUGCCGAAGUGCCCGCACUGCCAUUCGAGAUUGAAGAUAGCGCAUAAUGAGUUUGGCGAGCAUGCGUCGGUCUACGCGUCUUUGGCGGAGUACGAUGAAGAGGAUGAUUGUUAUAAGGACGUGGCGAGCGCCAGGGAGUCGACUGAGUCGACUGAGCUGAGGAAGUAGAUUGGCCAAGUGAAGAGGCGACCUCUUGACUCUUGAAAGACCUGAGGUGCUUUGGGAUUUGAAAAAUACAUCAAGAGAAGGGGUUGGUCAGGUUGCCAGUUAUAAAGAGACAAGAACGUAACAAGGACGUGAAUUUGGUCAUCAUUCCUUCUGGCAUUGAGGCAUUGAAGACAGUCGCAUCUUACAGGAUAUCAAUCCUGGAUAUAGACGUUGGAAGACAUCAGCAUUCAUCGUAUGGACAAUAUAUCUGAUUCGGCAA